AUGCUGUUCUCGCCUAGUCUUCUAAUUAUUCUAUUCUCUCUGGCAACUGUAACUGCGGGGCCUUUGAGUACUCGCAAUAACGAUGGCUAUCAUCCGACCGGUGGAGAAUCUGCAGAUAUCUUAAUCCUGAAUGAUAGCUCACCAACUCGAGAUGUGACAGAUGAGUGGUGGUAUGGGACAGGUCAACAUCACUAA